UUAAGGUUAUAUGUUUUAUAUUUUUUUCACAAGAGGAAAUGCUUUCUUUAUUUAAUUGGAGUUGUUCGUACUAUCAAGACUCUGGCAAAUGUUGGAAAAAUGGAAAACUUCAUUUAUAUCUGCCAGGUUUGAUAUUUGUUGAACCAAAAUCAAACCAAGUUGUUCAUAUACCAUUCAAUACAGUUCUUGGUAUUGAAAAAGGAAAGUCAAGUUAUAUAUAUCCUUGUAUACUGAUUAAAUUUAAGGUGGGUUGCUUAUAUUUCUCUUCCUUUAAUAACAGCAAUAAUGUUUUCAACAUCAUUCAUCAUUUUUGGAAUGGUUUAAGUCUUGAAAAGGAUAAUCCAGAUACACAACAUACCUUACAAAAGCCUGAAAAAGAUUUAGUGCAAAUUGCACUUAACAUACAGUCUACACUUAGCGAUGCUGCUGUGUCUCUCCACAACCAAGGAAAACAGCUUGAUCACACAGUUGAAAGGUUUAAUAAUUUGCACAAUGAUCUAACAGUCUCAAAGAGAAUUCAAAGAGAUCUCGAGUCUUGGUUUGGUGCAUUUAGAUUUAAAGGAACUUUUGUCAAUGAAAAUUUUGUUCCUCUAAGAGAUGAUUAUAUACUAUGUUAUGCUGACAAGCUUGUAUAUGAUAUUCUUGUUGGGAAUGAUGCUGAAGACAGUCAUUUUCCUGGGUGUUUGAUGUUUGUUGACACUUAUCUUAAAGUUACAAAUAAAAAUUCAGAUGUUUUAUUUUCUAGUUCAGUUGAUAGUAUUUCUCAAAUAAAUUUUCAUUCACCUUAUAAUGCAACAUUCAAAAAACAUAUUUUUGGUAAGCCUGAUCAAAAAGUUCAUCUGAUAUCAUCAUCGUUACCAAAAGUUAUAUAUUUGCUCGAAAAAACACAUUCGUAUCAUGGAAAUUAUGAUGACCCUAAACCUACUAAUUCUUUUGGUCCUAAACACGAAGAUGUUGAAGAAUUAUUCUUAAAAUUUGAUAGUUUAAAAAAAAGAAAAGGUUUAAUGCUCAUCAGUUCAUCGCAAAGGAGAAUACCAUUAAUGUCCGAUUUUAGAUUUACGAAAAUAAAAGUUGUGAAAUUCCAAAAAACAGUAAAAGUUUAGAAGAGCCUAAAGAUCAUGAACAUGCUGCUUUGCAGAUAUCUUCGAUUCUAACUAGCGUUAAGUCAAUGGCGCUGGAAAUCUCAUUGGAGCAGGAUGCUCAAAUAAAGCAAAUUGAUGCACUUGCUGCCUCUGUAGAAAAAGCUAAUUGUAUUAUUAAAAACAACGAGAAAAGAGUUCAAAAAAUGACUUGAAAAAUAAA